CCAUGUGCGGAGCAAUCAAGAAACAUCCUCAUCACCACUUCACAAGCCUCAUGAACGUAGUUGCAAGACCUUUUUGUCGCCGUCCAGGAAGUAUCACCACCGUUCAGGCAAGUGGUUCCCGUGCGCUCGCUCCAAAAGCCAAAGCCCCGCAAGCUAAACCGUCGCCGGAACAGCAUUUUAUUAAAUCACGCAGCAUGCAUAUUCAGUCGAUUCCGAUGUGGACUGGUACGGGCAACAAUUAUGCCUAUCUAGUAAGCGACGACAAAACCAAGGAGGCCACGAUCAUCGAUCCAGCCAAUCCUCCCGAAGUGUUGCCUGUGCUCAAGGAGCAGACCGAUGGAGGCAAGAUCAAGCUCAUCAGCAUCAUCAACACGCAUCACCACCGAGACCAUGCUGGUGGGAACGCGGAACUGCUCAAGCACUACAAAGUCCCCGUCGUGGGCGGCAAGAACUGCGACAAAGUCAGCGAAACACCAGCCGACGGCUCGACUUUCAAGAUCGGCGAAGGCAUCAAGGUGAAGGCGCUGCACACGCCGUGCCACACGCAGGACAGCAUUUGUUACUUCUUCGAGGACGGCGACCAGCGCGCCGUGUUCACAGGCGACACGCUAUUUAUCGGCGGAUGUGGACGUUUCUUCGAAGGCAAGCCGGAAGAGAUGCACAAGGCGUUGAACGUCACCCUAGCUAGCCUUCCAGACGACACAAGGGUCUACCCUGGCCAUGAGUACACAAAAGGUAAUGUCAAAUUUGCGCUAAGCGUUAGCCAAGAUGAAGAAACAAAGCGUCUGGAAGCCCUCGCAAUGAACAACACCCAGACACAGGGCAAGUCGACCAUUGGUGACGAAAAGCGGUAUAAUGUCUUCAUGCGCGUCAACGAUCCAGCGAUGCAGAAAGUGACGGGCGAGACAGAUCCGGUUAAGGUCAUGGGAAAGUUACGUUCUAUGAAGGAUCACUCCUAGAUUUCAUGGGAAAAGUGAUGAAAAUCGUAUGAUAUAUAGGCCAAUCAAAACCACUGCACCCGAG